AGUAUUUAAAAACGGAGGGAGUGGUUCUCUACUUCUCUUGAAAAAAAAAAAAAAUCAGCUUUGAAAACGCUCUCAAGUCUUAACCAAACGCAGCAAAAGACAUUUUUCUCGCGUAAUAAACCUCGUAGUAAUCGUUUUAAAAAAAAGUCUAACGAGUUGAAGUUGGUGGAAUUGACGUGGUAACUCCAAAAGUACAAGACAACUAAGCAAGAUGCUUCUUUAACAUUUUCAGACCAACUCCCCGCCUCUCUGAGUCUUUUUGUAGACGGCGAUCUUCCAUCGUAAAACUCUUCAUUUUCACCUCCUUACAAUGGUAAAAGAUCAGAGAAUUCGUAAAUCAUCUGACAAAAACUUGUUGAUAGGAUUUACCUGCAAUUCCGCCGCCGCAUUUAAACUCAUCCUCGCCGCCCUCCUCCUCCUCUUGAUCUGUACUUGCGCCGUUUUCCUCCAAUUCCUCCCCACUUACUUCCCUCCUUUCUCUUGCGCCACCGCCAACACCACAAACAUCGCACAACCACCCCCACCAAAAGUAGAUCAGAUUCUCGAACACGGCGUAGUUAAACGAUGGUUCCAACCAUUUGGGUCCGCCGCGUAUAGCUUUAUCUUAAUGUCCGCCUACCGCGGCGGGCUCAAUACUUUUUCCAUCAUUGGUCUGUCCUCAAAGCCACUGCAAGUCUACUCUCGCCCUACGUACCUUUGCGAGUAUCAAAAUUCGAAUAAUAACAGCUCAUCUUUUGUCAAAGCUUAUAAAAUUCUCCCUGAUUGGGGGUUCGGAAGGGUAUACACUGUCCUCAUUAUCAACUGUACAUUUCCUGAUGGAAUUGUAGAUGAUUCAUCCGUUGGUGGCCAGCUUAUUCUUCAUGCCCCGGAUACUAAUCGAAGGAACAACUCGCUCAUUGCUGUAGUGGAACCACCGAAAUCAUGGGAUGUAUCUCAUUUUGUUUCCCCUCCGAAAUACGACUACCUCUACUGCGGUUCCCCACUCUACGGCACCCUCAGUCCUCAGAGGAUGCGAGAGUGGAUCGCGUACCACGUGAGGUUGUUCGGGGAGAAGUCUCAUUUCGUAAUCUUCGAUUCCGGAGGGAUCCACCCCGAGGUCUUCGAGGUGUUGAAACCUUGGAUGGACCUCGGGUAUGUUUCCUUGCAGGAUGUUAAGGAGCAAGAGAGAUUUGACGGGUAUUAUCAUAAUCAAUUCCUUCUUGUUAAUGAUUGCUUGCAUCGAUAUCGUUUCGAUGCUAAGUGGAUGUUCUUCUUCGAUGUGGAUGAGUACAUUUAUGUUCCUCCGAAGUUGUCACUUAGAUCCGUCACUGAUUCGCUCGAAGAAUUUACUCAGUUCACGAUUGAGCAGGUUCCCAUGUCUAAUAAGCUCUGUCUUACUCAAGAUGCUGGCAAAACAUCCAAAAAAUGGGUGAUGGAGAAGCUUGUAUAUAGAAACGUAAAGAAAGUAGCAAGGAGGGACCGGAAGUACGCGGUACAACCACGAAACGUAUUUGCCACCGGCGUUCACUUGUCUAAGAACUUCCAGGGUGAGUCUGCUCAUAAAACCGAAAAACUCAUCAAGUAUUUUCACUAUCAUGGUACAAUAGCCACUCGCCGGGAUACAUGUCAACAAUUUACCAACGACACUUCAAUAACAAUAGGAGACGACACCCCUUUCGUUCUAGAAACUAACAUGAGAUUGAUCACCCCAAGUAUCAAGAGGUUUGAACUCGAAACCAUUGGAACUAUACUUCAAUCUACAAAGCAAUGACAAAUACACUUCACUAAUAAUGUGAUAGAUCAUUACAUCAACAAUGUUCGCCAUAAGAACAUGGCCAAUUUUUAUUUUUUAUUUUUUUAUGUUACAAAAAUUUGUAACAUUGACGAACAAUGUUAGAAGAGAGGGUCAAAUCGAGCUGGCUGAGUAAGUGGAUAAAGGCAUCCUCUACUUUUUUUUUUAAUCUUAAAAGUCAUUAAAUGACAUAAGUCUGACAGCUGGACCAAGCGAAGCUUGGAAUUAGAUAAUUGAAAAUUUGAAACCCACAUCAUAGGAUUCUUGAUUUCCGUAUAGAUGUACAAUUGCACAUGCUACUCUUUUUCUUCAUUAACUUUAUUUUUUUCUUUGAAAAAUUUGAUUUAAAUAAUCCAACCUUUGACGUAUUUAUCUUUAAUAAUUCAACAUUUUGAUUAUUAUACAAUAAUCCAAGCUUUAUAUCUCAUUCUAUUUUAUCAGGCCAAUAUGACCACUUACCUGAUGAACCGGUUUUUUUUUCCAUUUUUUUUAAAACCUCUUUUCAUUUUUUAAAAAAUUCAAUCAAAAUAAAUAAAGAAAAAAAAGGGAUUUGUUAAACAUCGCCCACAAAUUACUACAUAAAGCCCACAAAAUUCACUUGGUUUGACAAUAUUGCCCUUAACCUAAAAAAAACGCUCACACCCUCAUCACUCAAACUCUCAUCGCUCAUCUUCUUUGAACCUCUCUAAAAAAAAAA